CUUACGUCGCGGAGUGGUGGUGUUAGAGGUUUGAGCAACGAAACGUUUUUGCCGGAAGUGAGAAGAGGAGAGGGAAGUCUAACCCUCUCCCAGGGUCUUCAAGUUUAGGGCUGGGGGCUAAUUGUCGCUAAAAAGCUCAGAGGUGCUCUGGUGGAUACAAUUCCUCGCUUUGCGAGAAGAGGCUAGAACGCGCGCUGAGGUGUGUGUGUUUUUUAACUUAUUUAUUUUUGGCUGCGCUGGGUCCUCAUUGCUUCUCUCCGUCGCAAUGCGCAGGCUUCUAACUGCGGUGGCCCCUCCUUGCAGAGCACGGGCUCCAAGCGCUCGGGCCCCAGCAGUUGUGGCACACGGGCUCAGCAGCCGUGGAUUGUAGGCUACAGAGCGCAGGCUUAGCAGCCGCGGCAAACGGGCCCAGUUGCUCCGCGGCAUGCGGGACCCCACCCCGGACCAGGGAUCGAACCCGCGUCCACCGCAUUGGCAGGCGGACCCCCAACCACUGCGCUACCAGGGAAGCCCUGAGGUGUAUCCUGUGUUUACUUGACGGGGGACUCCGAGUCCAGUUCUGUCGUUUUCAACUUAAACAGGUAACAUGGAGGCACCUCCAGUCACCAUGAUGCCUGUCACCGGGGGCACCAUUAACAUGAUGGAGUACCUGCUGCAGGGAAGUGUUUUAGAUCACAGCUUGGAAAGCCUCAUCCACCGCCUUCGUGGUUUGUGUGACAACAUGGAACCGGAGACUUUCCUUGACCAUGAGAUGGUAUUCCUCCUUAAGGGCCAGCAGGCCAGUCCGUUUGUUCUAAGGGCUCGACGCUCUAUGGAUAGGGCAGGGGCACCCUGGCAUCUGCGCUACCUGGGACAGCCAGAAAUGGGAGACAAGAACCGCCAUGCCCUGGUGCGUAACUGCGUGGACAUUGCAACAUCUGAGAACCUUACUGACUUCCUGAUGGAAAUGGGUUUCCGCAUGGACCAUGAGUUUGUUGCCAGGGGACACCUGUUCCGUAAGGGCAUCAUGAAGAUCGUGGUGUACAAGAUCUUCCGCAUCUUGACACCAGGGAACACAGACAACACUGAGGCCUUGUCACUCUCCUACCUUGUGGAACUAAGUGUUGUUGCACCAGCUGGGCAGGAUGUGGUGUCUGAUGACAUGAGGAACUUUGCAGAGCAGCUGAAACCUCUGGUUCACCUAGAGAAAAUAGACCCCAAAAGGCUCAUGUGACAAGGCAGUCUGUCCACCACUGGGGCUUGUCCUCAGCUGUUACAAAAAAAGAAGAUGUUAUAAUUGCCCUAUUUCACCACUGCUAGCCAGGCAUUCUUCCCUCAGGAAGGAGGACAAUGAGAACUUAGUUGGUUCUUUGCACUGUUUUCCUCAUAUGGCCAGUUCACUUUUGUGACAGCCUUUCUAAAUUAAAGGCUAAGGAUGACAUGGAGAAUCUAGAUAAUCCCUCUGCAUAAAGAGGGAAAACUGGAAUAAAAUAGCUUUGGGGAAUAAAAAUCUUUUAAUUGUUUUGCCAUUUGUGUGUAAGGUUUGUAAAACAGAGACUGAGUUUGUAUUGUGCAGUAAUAAAGGCUAUAAA